GAGAUUCUUCCAGACGAAGAACCAUCCAAAGCAUGAGCACAUCGAGUCAAAGGCUCUAAGGCUCUUGUGAGGCUGGCUAAGAAGACCAUGAUACCAUUUCUGAGGUUGCAAACGCCGGUGGUGAAUCAACGGACAUCGUUGCCGUGCAGGGGGGGAAUGUCAUGGAUAUGACUUUCCACACUGAGCUGUCAGGUGACUCCAGAAUGCACCAGCGGUGGGCUGAGAAGUGUGUGUACCCAACACCAAGAAGCCAUAGAGCAAAGGGCUGGAGCAAACUACGUGACGACUAUUUGAGUCAGUACAGAUACUCAAGACCCGUGGCGGGGCAUGAAUUAUAUAGCGCUUUGUUCCUCUAUCAGAUAGCUACUAUCCUAGUAUAAGUUGUUCAGAUGCAUUGGUAUUUGUAAGUUAUAUAAUCGUUGGUUCGAAUGCCUGAAGGAUCGAACGAACGCCGAUUCGAGACCAUCGAGAUAGCUGAUCUUUAUCAGACGCAACCACCAACCUCGUACCAAGUCUAGACCACAUAAGGUCCUGCGACGACUCCUGAGUCUCAUCCUCAAAUGCUUCAUGCUGCUGCAACCACCCCAGGGCUCCGAACUUCGUAACAAGAGAUGUAUUAACUCCGGGAAUGCCCGCUGCAGUCCAUAACAACUCCAGCACACGAGUCUUUGUAACCUGCGUAAUCACAGACGAUCUGUACAAACCAAGACAGAGCUCAAUGACAUGGCGGCGGCGGUAAAGGUAGAAGUCCUUGCUGGUCUUCAACCCUGCUACCAACACCCUCAGAAGCCA